AGUCUCAAGCAUCGGCCCGUCCAUCCGCCAGCCCCGUGCAUGUUUCGCCAUGGGGACCGGUGCUUCUGUCCCUGCAGCCGACCUGACGCAAAAGGAGAAGGCUUUCCUACAUGAUACGGUUGAAGUGGCCGUGGCACAGGGCAUGGAACAGAUCCGAAAGAGGCGGCAGUGGCAAGCCAUGGGCGAGGAGCUCUUGUCAAAGUUGCGACACAGAGUGCACAAUGGGGAGGAGGUCUUGCUGUGGAUCAGCAUGGGUGUGGAUUCGUGGCCCAUCGCGGUGAAGGCGGCCAGAUACGGAGUGCUGCCAUUGGUGUACUCGGCGGAGGAGCAGCAUUCUUUGGAAGACAUCGUCAAGGCCUUGACCAACGCCAAGGUCCCGCAUGGCUCUUUGCAGAAUGUUGGAUGGCUUUCCCACGACUCCGAGAUGACCGGGGAGCAUAAGGCCAGCAACUUGGACUUCCUGGGCGCGCUGAAGCCAUUUCUGGCGGAGCACGCCCGGGUGGAUGUCCUCGGCUGCGAGAUGGUGGGGGAGACUGGCAUGCAGGUCAUUCACGAGCUGAAGAUUGAGUCCGGGCUUAACUUGGCAGCAUCCACCGACCUCACCGCGGAGUCAGGUGGCAACUGGUUGUUGGAGACCGAUGACAGGGUAAACGUCAAGGACCUCUACUUCACUGAGGCCAUCGCUGAGUUCAGCGAGGUGUUGCUGGGCUAUGCCAUGCACAGCAAGAUGCUCAGGAAGGUCAGGGGCAUGAAGUAGCAUUCGGGCCGUGUCGGGGCUCGAAGGAGACCACCUUCAACGGCUUUAAAUGCUUCUUGAACCAGCUCCACCUGUGGGAGACAAAAGGGAAGCCACCGUUUGAAGCGGGGCCCAGUUUUCAGGAACACCCGUGUAGCAUAGUGCGGCAUUUUCCUCGUGCGUAGUACGAGGAUGUUUCUCACUCGCCUGCACACAGUGCAGCAAAAUGCGCUACUGGCCAUGAGAG